AUGGUUGGGCGCACAGAUACGAGCAACCUGUCAACUUCCGCCUUUGAGGACGUGUCCAUUGAUUUCACAGAGGCAGAAUGGGCCCUGCUGGAUCCGGGCCAAAGAGCUCUGUACAGGGAAGUCAUGCUGGAGAACUAUGAGAAUGUGGUUUUUCUGGGUAACGAUCUUUCCUUGGUGCCAAAGAGAUUCAGUCGGAGUGGCCACCAUCAACAGCAUCACAGAACCCACACAGGGGAGAAACCUUUUCACUGCUCAGAGUGUGGAAAGAGAUUCAGUGACAGUGGCAAUCUUCAAAAGCAUCGAAGAACCCACACAGGGGAGAAACCUUUUCAAUGCUCAGAGUGUGGAAAGAGAUUCAGUCAGAGUGGCAACCUUCAACAGCAUCACAGAACCCACACAGGGGAGAAAGCUUUUGAGUGCUCAGAGUGUGGAAAGAGAUUCAGUGACAGUGGCAGUCUUCAAAAGCAUCGAAGAACCCACACAGGGGAGAAACCUUUUGAGUGCUCAGAGUGUGGAAAGAGAUUCAGUGUCAGCGGCAGUCUUCAGAAGCAUCGACGAACCCACACAGGGGAGAAACCUUUUGAAUGCUCAGAGUGUGGAAAGAGAUUCAGUGAGAGUAGCCAUCUUCAACAGCAUCAAAGAACCCACACAGGGGAGAAACCUUUUGAAUGCUCAGAGUGUGGAAAGAGAUUCAGUCAGAGUGGCCACCUUCAACAGCAUCAGAGAACCCACACAGGGGAGAAACCUUUUCACUGCUCAGAGUGUGGAAAGAGAUUCAGUGACAGUGGCAAUCUUCAAAAGCAUCGAAGAACCCACACAGGGGAGAAACCUUCUGAAUGCUCAGGGUGUAGAAAGAGAUUCAGUUACAGUGGCAGUCUUCAAAAGCAUCAAAAGAGAUUCAGUGACAGUGGCAGUCUUCAAAAGCAUCGAAGAACCCACACAGGGGAGAAACCUUUUGAGUGCUCAGAAUGUGGAAAGAGAUUUAGUCACAGUGGCACUCUUCAACAGCAUCGAAGAACCCACACAGGGGAGAAACCUUUUGAGUGCUCAGAAUGUGGAAAGAGAUUUAGUCACAGUGGCACUCUUCAACAGCAUCGAAGAACCCACACAGGGGAGAAACCUUUUGAGUGCUCAGAAUGUGGAAAGAGAUUUAGUCACAGUGGCACUCUUCAACAGCAUCGAAGAACCCACACAGGGGAGAAACCUUUUGAGUGCUCAGAAUGUGGAAAGAGAUUUAGUCACAGUGGCACUCUUCAACAGCAUCGAAGAACCCACACAGGGGAGAAACCUUUUGAGUGCUCAGAGUGUGGAAAGAGAUUCAGUCUGAGUGGCCACCUUCAUCAGCAUCACAGAACCCACACAGGAGAGAAACCUUUUGAGUGCUCAGAGUGUGGAAAGAGAUUCAGUGACAGCGGCAGUUUUCAGAAGCAUCGACGAACCCACACAGGGGAGAAACCUUUUGAGUGCUCAGAGUGUGGAAAGAGAUUCAGCAUCUUUACACAUCUUCAACGGCAUCAGAGAACCCACACAGGGGAGAAACCUUUUGAAUGCUCUGAGUGUGGAAAGAGAUUCAGUGAGAGUGGCACUCUUCAACGACAUCAAAGAACCCACUCAGGGGAAAAACCUUUUGAAUGUUCAGAAUGUGGAAAGAGAUUCAGUCAGAGUGGCAAUCUUCGACAUCAUCAGAGAACCCACACAGGGGAGAAACCUUUUGAAUGUUCAGAAUGUGGAAAGAGAUUCAGUCGGAGUAGCAAUCUUCAACGGCAUCAGAGAACCCACACAGGGGAGAAACCUUUUGAAUGUUCAGAGUGUGGAAAGAGUUUCAGUGACAGUGGAAGUCUUCAACAGCAUCAGAGAACCCAUACAGGGGAAAAACCUUUUGAAUGCUCAGAGUGUGGGAAGAGAUUCAGUCGCAGUGGCCAUCUGCUGAAGCAUCAAAGAACCCAUACAGGGGAGAAACCGUUUGAAUGUUCAGAGUGUGGAAAGAGAUUCAGUCAGCAUCAGAGAACAAAUUAA